AUGGCGGGCUACCAGCCGAGCGCCGCGUGGCCCGUGGCUUCGUUUCCCUCAGCCUCGCUUCCCUUGACCUCGUUCUCCUCUUUUGUUGCGCGCGUCGCCCGCCAGUUUCUUCUCUUCUGUCUGAUUUCCAUUUUCGCGAGUGCAUGGUCUGUGCUGGCAACGGACGCGACUGGAGAAGAGGGAGAAGCCGUCGACGACGGGUCGGCGGACGCGUCGAACGACGCUGAGGUGUGGCUGCGUCGGCAAGACUACUCAUCAUCGGGUCUUCACAUUCCGCAAGCUAUCGCAGAGCAUGACAGAGAAGGCGAGUCUCCGUUGUUCGAUUCAGAGCGCAUCACGCGAACGCAGUCCCAGCAGCGCUGGGUUUCCGAGCUCGGGCGCCAACCUUCCCAGGUGUCAGAAAGUCUCCCGUAUGGGGGGAUGAAAGCAGGUUCGUUUGGAGGGUACGAAACGUUUCGACCCGACAAGCUGGAGGCCGUCUGGGACAGAGGAACCGCGGCAACCGAGCUGCACCGGUCUGGAGGAGCUCGCGCUUCUGUGAACCCUGCGGCUGCAGCCGCAGGCUCGGCGGGCGGCUCGACAGACGUUUAUCGCGACGAAAAAGGCGAAGGGAAACGCACGGAAAGAGACGGACGAAAUCGGGAGGAAUCAGCGCGAGUCAGCCGCGAGGGGGAGAUCCAGUUUUCCACGGGGUGGGAGGCCGAAGCAGACCCAGAGCCUGCCUGGCGGGUCGAGACACGUCGUUCGGAGCAGGGGAACGCGUCCCAGUGGACCGAGGAGAAGCCGCAGCACUCGAGUUCAAACGGCACUCAAAAGGCGACGGCCAGUUCCCGCUGGGGUGCCUCGCCUCACUCGGACGCUUCCCUCCGACCUCCCCAAGAGAGCUCCUGGCCCUCGCUCCUGCCGCCCGCUGGACGUCCCCAGCCGCCGGCUCCGAGCCCCACGCACUUACCCAGUCUCUUGCCCGGGACCCCGUGGCCCUCGACGCCUUUCGCCCUCGACCCCCGCGCGCGCUUGCUGAACUAUCGAAACGAAGGGCAUGCGCUGCGCGACGUGUACGACGAGGAAGAAGGCGAGCUCUCCGACACAGAGUCUCUGCACCGCGCGCAUCGACUGAGCCUCGAAGGGCCUCGGUACGGCUUCCGCGCAGGGUCGUAUGCGCCGCGCAGGCGAGAAAACGACGCAGGCGAUCUCUACGGGGAAGUCUCAGCGACGAUCGAGCUUCCGGAGACAAACCCCAGCGCCGUGUACCCGAACCAGCACGGAGAAGGACUUCCCGACUUCGCAUCUGCCCCCCGCACAAAUGUCCACUUGCCUCCGCAACUCGGCCGAAGUGGCGUGGACCCCGACCAAGUCCGCGCCGCCCAGCUCCGACUCGCGAACUUGGCUGGACAUACUGGACAUACACCAGGGGACGGGUCUUCGAGCUACGGGGCUUCCCGCGACGAGGUUCCCGCGCGUCGCGACCAGGUGCAAGGUCGUGGAGGCCCAAGUUUGCUGCCUGGGGCUCUGCGCGCGGGGUUCGACCCUAGUGCAGGUCUUGUGUCUCUGCAGUAUCCGGGCGUCUCUGCGUUUCGGCGUCCCGGUGUUCUGGGCGCCGCGAGCUCCCAAGGCCCGGCGAAGUCGCUGCUGGUGGAGGGCGCGCCCCAGCAGCGGCAGUUUGGAGCCUCAGGUUUCGCCCAAACCCCCAGCCUCCUGUCCUCGUCGCCGUUUCUGGACGCUUUCAUGCAUAACCGGGGUGGGUUGAAUCUCGGGGCGCAGCUGUUCGCGACGCAGCAGGUUCUGUCGGGGCCUGCGGGGAUGUGGGGUUCUGCCGGCAGCUCUGAAGGUGAGGCAGACAAAUGGUGGCGCGAACAGGACGGGUGGGUAUGGCCGGAGUUGCCUAGCCUGUCGGCGACGGACCUCGAGGCCGGCGUCAAAGACAUCUCUGGACAUGCCCAGAUGGUUCGUGUCGAGGCGCACCUGGUCAGGUCCCAGGUCAAUGCAGGCAACGCUCUUGGGCUGUACAUACACCAGGGGAAGCGGUACGAGCUCCUGGACGUCGAGGGGCGUCUCGCCCCCAUGACGGCCAUUCGCGGGAAGGUUCUCGGCUUCGGCGCGUACGGGGUCGUCGUGGAGUUGGUCGACGUCUCGGCUUCUGGAGCUCACCGCCGCAGCUCGCCAAGUUCCACAGACGCGACUGCUGGUGAGUUCGGGGGCACCGCCGUCAACUCGGGGAGUCCGUCUGCGUCGAACUCUGGGAACAAGGUCUCGACCUCGGGGAACAAGGUCUCGAGCUCGGGGACCACCGCGGCGAACGUGGAGGCAGAGCCCGGGCAGCUGUCCAGUGCCGAGCGCGAGGGCGAACCCGCGGCGAAGGUCGAUGGGGACGCGGCGAGCGAGGCCGGCGGACCGCCCAGAGAGCACACAGAGAGGAGCAGCAGAAUCCCGGGGAAGCGCGCGUCGGGGGCCGUGGAGAAGAGCGGGGGUUCGGGGAUCGAGCCGCGGGGCGACAGCGCGCGAGUCAGCCGCUCCGUGACUUAUGCCGCGAAGAUUAUGUACUGGGCGAAGGCGAAGACAUCUGCGAAGCCGGAGGAAGUGCGACAGACACUUGAAGGCUUCGUACACGAGGAGUUGGAGGCGUUCAAACUGCUCAGAGAGACAGGCAUCUCCGACAGUGACCUGUUCCAGAAACAUGGACUCGUAGUCCCGCAGAGCGUGCGACGCGUGGCGAAGCUGCCGACGCUGCUGCGCGCGAGCCCCGCGCUCUUCCCAGACACUCCGCUGUUCUUCCAUAACCAGCUGAUUAUGUUCCCCGCGCUCAAGUGCUCGCUGGACAUGCUGGCGCAAGACCGCUUCACGCGCGAGGGUCUCCGGGUGCUCGUUCGCAGCCUCGUGCGCCUGGUUGCGGGGCUGCAUGCGCUCGGCUUCAGCCACAACGACGUCAAGCCCCAGAACUUCCUCGUCGGCGGAGAUGGCGGCCUGUUCCUGGGAGACUUCGCGUACCUCGCGCCAAUCGACGAGGUCCAGGACUGCAACAAAGGCUUCACGGUCGACUACAGCUCACCCGAGCUCAUGGCCUGCGCGCUGAAGAACGGACGGAUGUCCAUGGGUCCCGAACGCGACUCGUGGGCAGUCGGCGUGAGCGCGUACCGUCUCGCAUGCAGAAACAGGUUCCCCUUCCUCCUCGACCGAAAGUUCAACGCAAAGUCCGACCCAAGACUCAUCGCCACACACAUCGCCAACCUGAAAGAGACAGACCUCGAAACCUCCCGCUGCGGAACUGAAGACCGAGUUGUGAUGUCCAUCGUCCUUCGACUCCUUCACCCCGACCUAUCGAAACGCGCAACUGUCGACCAACUCGUCCACGAACCUUUCUUCCAAGACUAGAGGCGGAGGAGGAGUGGAUUUGGGGGGAGUUCAGGUUUUGCGGAGAGGAGUCGGCGGCCAGCGAUGGCCUGCUCAUGGAGGGCCGGCGAGGCCGCAGAGCGACCCUGGACCGCAGGCAGUUGUGAGAGGAGUGGAUCUCAGGUGGAAGAGAGCGUUUUCCUCGUGCUGUCUCGGGAGAAUAGACAGGUUUAUGAUCGUGUGCAUGGCGGCAGGCCCCGAGAGAAGGCGCAGCAGCACAGAUGUCUGCGUGCGAAAGAAAGAGAGGAGGGAUUUGUAAAGAAGACAGUGAAGGAGAACGGGAGGAAUCAGCUGGGUGUCUUUUUCGAUUGCAAAUGCAUCUCCAACUCUGAAGAGGCGCUCUGAGAACUGCGAGACGCACGCGCUGCAGGCAGCGCGACAGUCGAUCUCGCGCGUGAAAAGGAGGGAGAAGAUGGAGAGGCCUUUCAGACAUUUCGAGGCCAUGAGGAAGCUGGAAAGGCGACGAAUCCACUUUUGACUAGACGAGGAGGCAGAGCCAAAGGUCCAGUGCAAGGGAAACGUUCAAGUCGGAGAAGAGGCGCGAGAGGAAACGCAGAAGCGAAGAAGCAAGAAAAAAACCGAUGGGAUGUCAAGAGAACUGCGAGAGCAAGUGGGCAGGAGGGAAGAAGAAAUUCAGAAAAAGCGAUUGUGUCCAACUUGCACGCUCCAUCGCGGUCUGUUUGGAAGAGAAGCCAGCGAGGUGAGAGAGAGAACCAACCGCGUCAAGGACGAAAAAGAAGCGCGCGGAGGAGGGAGAGAACAGAGUGAUGACAAGUGAGAAGCAAAGGGGAGAGACGCGGGAGGAGAGAGAGGGCCAACAACAAAGAGCGAGAGGCUUUUCGGGGAGCAUGUGUGUCUCUGUAGCAUCUGACAUGGGGUUGUGCAGUGACGCCCUGUUCGUGCAUCCCUUUCGCCUACACUGGAUCGAGCGGAGACGAUCCCCUCUCUUGUCAGAGGUAGAGAGCGUUUCGUCCUUUCGCCGAUUUGCGAGUGAGCUCGGCGAGCAGAGUCUUCAGAGCGCUGGGCCAGUGUCCACCUGCGUUCCUGCAGCUCAUGUGUGGAUGUCAACGGCGUUUUUCUUUCGUUUCUCUCCAAGCACAGACGCGCGAGUGCGUGAGGAGACCUCGCGUACGCAUGCAAAUGUGUGAAAAUAUGCAACGGAGAGAGGGAGUGGAGGCGCAAGGACGGAGAGAAGUAGAAGAAAAUGGAUAGGCAGGCAGACAAGAAGGCGGAUUCGAAAAGAACAAAAUGUUGAGGGAGGCAGGGAAGGACAAGACCAGACUCGAGAUCAACCAUUUAGUUGGGUUAGCAGGGAGAAAGGAGUUAAAGAUCUGCGCAAAAUGUUUUUAGGUUUGUGGAGGCUUUGAACCUCUUCGAUUCGUAUGUGCAUUUUUAUUCAAUUUUCUCAUCUACUGACAAGG